CAUAACAUUAAAGCUGUGCGUUGAAUGCGCCCAUUGCAAGAGAACCUUGAGGUAAACAACAAAACAUAACCUUCAAGCUGUCAUCUUAAAGAAAGUAUUUCUAAACUUCUUUUAAAUGCCUUCCAAAAAGAAAAAAUACAACGCACGAUUUCCAGCUGGGCGAAUUAAAAAAAUCAUGCAAACAGAUGAGGAGGUUGGGAAAGUGGCACAAGCUGUACCUGUUAUUAUCUCUCGAACGUUGGAGUUGUUUGUCGAAUCGUUACUGACAAAAUCGAUGCAGAUAACGCAGGCGAGGAAUGCGAAAACGUUAACUCCGUCCCAUAUGAAGCAGUGUAUACUGUCGGAGAGCCGGUUCGAUUUUCUAAAGGAUUUAGUGAAAAACGUUCCCGAUCCGAGCGCGCAAGAGGACAACGAGAACGACGCCGGCGAGGUUCUAGAUUACUCAUUAAGUAAAUCGUCGGAAAAUUCGCAGAAGCAAGACAAGUCGGAUAUUGUCGCGAAUUUUUACGUCGAACAAGGGCCGUCUGUCGGAAGGACGCCGGUCAUUCAGUACGGCCCGUCGGUGACGCAAAUGGAAAAACCUAAGUUAAGCUUUUCGAUAGAUAGUUUAGUAAGUAAGGAAGUAAGCGAUCAGAAGGUGUACGUCGAGCUGGCGAAAGCUCCGACGACGCCAGUACCUUCGUCGAGUCAAACGCAAGCAGUACCUCAUUUAGUACCAAGUGUAAAUAGCAAACCUAUCCCCGCUGUACCUGCAUCUACCAUUCCCCUUCACGAUAAUGUACCACCGUUGAUACCGAUUUCGCGUAACAAUACUUUUCCCCCAAAUAGUGGUGACAAUAAUCUUUACAUCGACGAGGAUUACGACAAUUGAGGAUAAGAUUUGGUGUGUAAAUGUUCGAUGGAUUACAUUACAGUUGAAAAUAUUUUGUAUAGAAUGAAUGUAAAACAAAUAUGCAAUUAGGUAGUAAAUAAAUACAGUUAUGUUUCUAUUUA